AUGAUCACAUUUACCUGGCUUGUCACAGGCUGUUCCUCCGGGUUUGGAGAAGAACUCGUCCAAAACAUUCUAGACCGAGGCGAUAACAUCAUUGCCACAUGUCAAGGUUCGAAAGAUCGCAUUAAGUACUUGAAAGAUGCCGGUGCAAUUACCUUGUCUCUGGACUUAACCGCUUCGCGAUUUUGGAAGGUUGGGAAGGGUUCAUCGUAA